AACUUUUGUAGGAGACGGACGUUGGCGGCGCAUACGGAUAAUUUGGGUUCGUUGGUCCGUUGAAGAGUGUUGACGGAGACUGAGAUCUAGACGGCAGUUAGCCAUUCAUAUGACAGUAUGGAUAGUAGCGCCAAGCCAAAGCGCAAAAAUCCGCGCCAGAAUGCCAAUAUUAUAUCACAAUUAAUAUUUGCCUGGGCGAUACCCUUACUAUAUCGCGGAUCCCGUAAAGGCCUGAAUACGGAUGACCUGACGGAAUGCCUCAAGGAUGAUCGAUCCGAACAACUGGGCGACCUUUUAGAGAUUGAAUGGUUUAAGGAACUGGAACGAUCCCGUCGCAAAAAAAAGAAGGCCCAGCUUAGAAAUGCUUUGUUCCGAUGCUUUCUAUUGGAGACGAUCAUUAGUGGCCUGAUUUGCUUAAUCUACAUAGUGAUCAAGACCUUGAUUCCAGCUGUUCUUGCGCAAUUGUUGAUUCAGUUUCAAAAAGCUCCUGUUUCGGAAGAUAGACAAAUUGCACUCAAUGCCUCAUCGGUAUCGGAUUCCCUAAAUCGAACUGCACGUGCGAUUGGUAAAUAUGUGAUGAGUCGGACUGUCGCUGUUUCUACCAAUAAUACCAUCUCCCCCAAUUCCCUGGAUAAGGACCAGCCACUGAAAUGGCCAUCGGAACCUAAAUUAGAAGAAGUGGAUUACCUUGACAGCAAUGAAGUGGGUGACACCGAUAUACGAAAUCUCAUGGACCGGAUUGUCGAAUAUGUGUGGAACGAUGCUUACAGUUUGGGUGCCGUUUUGGUGACCUCGACGCUUUUUUGCUGCUUCUUACUGCAUCAUGUGGACCUACGACAGCGCCUAAUGGGAGCCAGAAUGCGAAUUGCUUGCUGUUCCCUAAUCUACCGGAAAACCUUAAGGCUUUCGAUGAAAACUGCCGGCCAGACACCAGCUGGCUACUUAAUAAACCUGCUGUCCAACGACGUGAAUCGUCUGGAUUAUGGCUUCAUAUUCAUGCACUGGAUUUGGAUAAUGCCACUGCAAGCGAUGCUUACUUGCUACCUGAUUUGGCUGAAGAUUGGGAUACCGGCGGUGGUGGGAGUAGUUGGAUUGCUGCUGAAAACAGUGCCAGUGCAAACGGCCUUGAGCAAAGUAACCUCAGUGCUGCGGAUGAGAAUUGCGGAACGGACGGACGCGAGAGUGGGCAUCAUGAAUGAGCUGGUGCAGGGCAUUCAGGUAAUCAAGAUGUACGCCUGGGAGAAACCCUUCCAGGCAGUGGUAGCCGAAGCUCGGCGACGCGAGAUCAAGCAGAUCCGCUAUGCAUCCUACCUGAGAGGCUUCUACCUCAGCACCAUGGUGUUCACUGAGCGUUCCACCCUUUACAUCACUUUGGCAGCGGCCGCUCUUCUGGGUCAAACCAUUACCGCAGACUUUGUGUUCUCGGCAGCCAGUUACUACAACAUCCUGCAACUAGUGGCUGCCAUUUGGUACCCACUUGCCGUGAGCUUUGGAGCAGAAGCCCUGGUUUCCUUACGUCGAAUUCAGGACUUCCUGAUGCUUGAGGGACGCGAGGAGAUUACCCAAGGACUUACCCAUAAACGGGAUCAAGAUGGUGGGGAUUCCAGAGCUGUGACCAUCAAGGACAUAAACGCCAGUUGGGAUAAUGAGAAGCCACAAAGGACACUGCAAAAUAUUAAUCUGCAGAUCGAGAAGGGCCAACUAUGUGCGGUGAUUGGCCCUGUGGGUGCUGGCAAGAGUUCCAUACUCCAGUUACUUCUGGGUGAACUGCCUGUCAUCGAUGGUGGAGUGGUGAUCCAGGGAGAUCUUUCCUAUGCAGCCCAAGAACCUUGGCUCUUUACGGGAUCCGUAAGAAAUAAUAUCCUGUUUGGCGAGGAUUACGAAAAGAAACGCUACCAGGAGGUAACACGAUGCUGUGCCCUCACCACAGAUUUCCAACAACUGGCGAAUGGUGACAAAACCAUUGUGGGUGAGCGAGGAGCAUCCUUAUCCGGGGGUCAAAGAGCCCGCAUCAGCUUGGCUCGAGCAGUAUAUAAACAUGCCGAGAUCUAUCUGAUGGACGAUCCGCUAUCCGCCGUGGAUGCCCAUGUGGGCAGGCAUCUGUUUGAUGAGGUGAUUGGACCUAGGGGACGACUGGCUCAGUUGAAGGCCACUCGCAUAUUGGUCACUCACCAGGUUCACUUCUUGUCCGAGGCCGAUAUCAUUGUGAUUGUGGACCAAGGUAGGAUUUUGAGGCAGGGCACCUAUCAAGAACUGAUCAACAGUGAUCUGGACUUUGCAAAGCUGCUCGAGAGGCCCAAGGAAGAGGAGGAAGCGGAAAACAGUCGCAUUCAAUCGUCUCCACAUAGUUUGAGCUUGGAGAGCGACGACGAGGACAUACCCUUCAUCGAUGGCGUAAAAGAUGGUUAUCAGCAGUUGAGAAAGCAGAGCAGCUCGGUCCAUGGCAGCAAGUCGUUGGACAGCACACAGCAAGAUGAAGAGGUAGAUGAGGAUGCUCUGGCUGAGGCUCAAGCAUCUGGUGGGAUUUCACCUCGAGUUUGGUACGAGUACUUCCAUGCGGGAAGUACUCUCCUGAGCUUCAGUCUCAUGGUGUUUGUGAUGAUAAUGUCCCAGGUGGUGUGCAGCAGUUCGGACUUCUUUGCCAAUAUCUGGACACAGCAGGAACACCAGAGAUCGCAGGGAGAGGCCACCACAUAUACCACCUUUGAGUGCAUGUACAUUUACGGAGCUCUUAUCAUCGCCGUGGUGAUCAUGUCAACGUUCCGAGGCUUUCUGUUCUUUAAGAUCUGUAUGCAUGCCUCAAAGGUGUUGCAUGACCGCAUGUUCGCAUGCAUCUUGCACGCCACAAUGCGAUUCUUUGAUACCACUCCGUCGGGAAGGAUUCUGAAUCGUUUCUCCAAGGAUAUGGGCGCCAUUGAUGAGUUGCUUCCGCGUGCCAUGAUGGACUUUAUACAGAUCGCCUUGGUGAUGUUUGGCAUUUUGAUUGUGAUUGGAAUACUGAAUCCGGUUCUGGUGGCUGCCAUGUUGGUGGUGGCAAUUGUGGAUAUACUCAUCUUGAAGUUGUACCUGAGACCGUCUCAGGACCUCAAGCGUUUGGAGGGCAUCUGCCGCAGUCCGGUAUUCUCUCACCUGAGCGCUUCUCUCUCGGGUCUGGCUAUUAUUCGUUCCCGUCAGUUGCAGGAUGUGGUGGCAAAGGAGUUUGAUUUGCUGCAGGAUGUGCACAGCAGCGUUUGGCAACUGACCAUGGCCUCGAAUACGGCUUUGGGAUUGUGGUUAGAUUGUGUCAGCUGUGUCUUCCUCACCGCAGUCACCUUCAGUUUCAUCAUCUCCAGUGAAUCGACUUACAGUGGCAACGUUGGCUUGGCCAUUGCCCAGGCUAUGAUCUUAACCGGAAUGGUGCAAUAUGGAGUGCGACAGGUGGCCGAGUCCUUGCAGCAAAUGACCAGCGUGGAGCGUGUUUUGCAGUACACAGAACUUGAACAGGAACCGGCGCUGAGCGAGAAGACCCCACCGCAGCAGUGGCCACCUCGUGGUCAGGUUGAGUUCCGUAAUAUGAACUGUCGCUACGAUCCCAAUGGAUCCCCGGUGCUUAAGAACCUGAAUCUCACCAUCGAGGCGGGCUGGAAGGUGGGCAUUGUUGGACGUACAGGAGCCGGGAAGUCAUCGCUGAUUGGAGCUCUCUUCCGACUGGCACACAUCGAGGGGGAAAUUUUCAUCGAUGGUGUUGAGACGGGAACGAUUUCAUUGGAGAUCCUGCGCACUCGCAUCUCAAUUAUUCCCCAGGACCCUGUACUGUUUUCGGCCACUAUCCGCUACAAUCUAGAUCCUUUCGAGCGGUAUACAGAUGCUGAGUUGUGGAGCGCUUUGGAGGAUGUGGAGCUCCGCGGUGCCAUUCCCGGCCUGGACUACAUGGUCACGGAAAGGGGCAGUAAUUUCAGCGUGGGUCAGCGUCAGUUGCUCUGCUUGGCAAGAGCUAUUCUGCGUAACAACAAAGUUCUGGUCCUGGACGAAGCCACGGCCAAUGUGGAUCCACAAACCGACGCCCUGAUCCAGCGCACCAUCCGAAUCAAGUUCAAGCAAUGCACUGUUCUCACCGUGGCUCACCGCUUGCACACCGUGAUGGAUUCCGAUCGGAUUAUUGUAAUGGAUGCCGGCUAUGCCGUGGAAUUUGAUGUACCUCAUCUGUUGCUUAAGAAGUCCCAAGGACAUCUCCGGCAAAUGGUAGAAGCCACUGGCGGAGAGGCGGAAGCGCUCAAGAAGACAGCCAGUGACAGUCACAAAAGGAUGCAGAGAGAUCGGGAUGAGCGUGAUCGCGAGGAGGAUGAGAGUCAGGAGUGAGAAGCGGUGGCCUAAAAUCGCAUUUACCCAAAUCUGGUGCUUAAAAUGGCUCAAGGUUGCAAUUAUUGGGCUUCCUUGUCCAAAAACGAAAGCCGUACCAAAUGUUUUUCCUUUAUACACACGUUUUUUAUGUUAUUAAUAAUUCAUGUACUUAGUUUUUUAGUUAAGUUUGUAAACGAAAAGUCUAGAUGUGCUGCCUUAAAUGUAUUGUACUUAGAUAUAAUCUCCACCAGGGACUGCAGUGUUGAAUUUGUAAAAAAAACUUUAUUGUAGGCCGCCACUAAAAAGUACGCGGAACAUGACAAAAAAAGAUACUUAAAUUCUGGUUUAAAACUAGAACUGAAUGGGGUCAACCUUAAAGGGUCAGUUGGUUACUCUUGACUUAACCACACUCAUUAGUUAGUUCAUUAAAUAUAUACUGUAUAUAUAUUCUGUACAUUAUUGAAAGUGAAUAUUUAUAAAACUGAACCAAUGUACUUGAAACAUUAGAUAGAAAUAAAUAAAUAAUUGAGUUUAUUAAUAUAUAAA